GCAGAAAUGCCAGUGCGUGCUGUGACCACCAGGUUCAUGUACAAGGGACUUUGCACUAUUCCAGAUGUCCUCACCUACCGGACCCCUGUUAACCUGCCUGAGGAUGAGGUGGAAGAGAUCCGUGAGGCUUUCAAAGUAUUUGACAGAGAUGGGAAUGGCUUUAUCUCUAAGCAGGAGCUGGGGAUGGCCAUGCGCUCACUGGGCUACAUGCCCAAUGAGGUGGAGCUGGAGGUUAUCAUCCAAAGACUUGACAUGGAUGGCGAUGGCCAGGUUGGCUUUGAAGAGUUUGUCACAUUACUUGGUCCUAAACUCUCUGCUGCUGGAAUGCCUGAUAAGUUCAACGGAGCAGACUUUGACUCAGUGUUUUGGAAGUGCGACAUGCAGAAACUGACUGUGGAUGAGCUGAAGAGACUGCUUUAUGAUACUUUCCGUGACCACCUCACUAUGAAAGACAUUGAGAACAUCAUCAUGACUGAGGAGAACCACCUGAACAGUCCAGAGUCCCAUGUGGACAUUGAUACAAGCCCAACACAACAGGAAAAACACACUUGCGUGCGUAAAAGCCUGAUUUGUGCCUUCGCCAUUGCAUUUAUCAUCAGCGUCAUGCUCAUCGCAGCGAAUCAAAUGCUCCGCAGAGGGAUGAAGUAAAUACGAGAUGCCUGCUGGUUACAAACGGAUUUACAGACAGACAGGGAAAAUGCAAAUGUUAACCAAAAUACUUUAUCAUUUUGGGUUUUAUUCACAGCUGACACCCUCGAUGAUGCAAUCAUAGCGUCGCUCUGAUAUGGAUAAAAUGAUGUCAUGCAGUGGUUCUGUGUGACCACUAAUCGUAGUACAGACAAUAGAGAGAAAGGUAUUUCAAGGGCUGAUUGUUAUCCAAAACAAGUCACAUCUCAUUCAUUAAGAUUGCUGAUGUUUGCUGAGAUUAGACAGAAAAUCAGGCUCCAAUACUCCAACAUUUCAGAGUGCAGCAAGUGUUGUAACAAUAGCUGUGCUUUGUCAGUGCAUUUAAUGUUGCUCUCAAGAACCCUGCCAUUUGGAGUGCACCAAAUAACGACAGCACCAAUGAUAGUAAUAAAGCAAUACAAAAGCGGGCCACAUACUCCGUAAUUUCAAAUCGAGCUAAAAACAUAAGGACAAAUCACUGUGCGCUGCAUGCUGUGUCUCUUAUGUCUCUGUUUACUGUAGUGUGUCACGACUUUCAACUUGCAUCAGGUCUAACAGACUUAACCAGCACCUUCUGCGAUCUAAAAAUACCAAAAAAAGAGCCCCUCAAAUUCAAAACACAAAACUGGACUACUAAUGGAUGUAGCAGUCUGUCUGUCGGUCAGUUAGAUUUGAUUGGUUCACCCCUUUUAUCCAGCUUGAAAUAUUUCCAUGAGUGUUGCACAUCAUUCAUGGCACCCAUGAAUGGCAGUGCCCUGUUUUGUUUUUUCUCUGCUAUUUGGUUGAUAUUUCUGCUCAGUUUUUGUGACAGAUAAACCAUAAAUGGGUGCGCUGCAUUAGCAUUAGCAUGCUGUCACUCUCACUAAGAUCAUGCUGCUAAGCUAACGCUAGCAUCGGAGUGCUGCUGUACAGUUUCAACAAACUGCUACAAUGCCUGAGCUAAAAUAUUGUCAUGUUACAUUUAUUUUAAGACCACCACAGAGAGUUUCAUGAAAUCAUUCAAACUGUCAGGUUUGUUUCUUGUCCCACUUUGCCACAAACUUAAACCAUGCAUUCGCUAACUUGUAGCUUCAGCUUCUAACAAAGACCUCAAUUUGAAUCAAAAUUAAGGCACAUUAUAUUUAAACAAAUGGACAAAAAGAAAAUGUGAAAGCAUCCAAAUUUUUGCAUUAAGAGGCAAAAACCGGUCAACAAGCACAGCAACUGGAUUCACAGCUCAAAAGAGAGGUUGUGAUCCACAACCGCAUGUUAUGUACGCUAGUCAAAUUAUCAGUGGAAGAAACUCUGACAGGCCUGUUUCAAAAGAAAUGUCACACUUUUUUCACGGUUAAUUAUUUUUGCUUUAAAGCUCAGAAGAAGCUUUCUUGGCUGAGCAGACUGAGAUUGCUUUCUAAAGCAAAUUGAUGUUUUGUUAGCUGUAAUGUGAAACAACUGUAGCUGAAGAAUUAAACUUAAGUAAACUCUGAAUUAAAAGUGUGUCAGAAAAGGAGAUCACAAAAUUCCUCAAAUACACCAGACAAGAGUGUGUGCGUGGGUUUUAUGUAAAAGCUCCAGAUACAAAGAGAAAUACUGGUAUCUUGAUGUCCAACCAAACGAAUAACAUCUUUUAUAUCCAUAGCCUGCCUGCAAUACAUGCACAUGCUGCAUGUUUCGAAUGUGCGCAUCUGUAAGACGCAUCAAAAUCAUAACGAGGCACUAAAAGACAUUUGAGUAGCUGUAUGACACGAGCUACCAGCUAUAAAUAAAUCAGAAGAAGUUUAGAAUUUAGAUAAAACUAAAUAAUAAUUGUAUUUAUAGCAAAUAAGUAUGAAGUAAUUCAAGCUGCAAACUUGCAUGUACAUUAGAUUAGAAGUAAAUGUGUGUUAUAUGUGUGUGAGAUUAUUGAAAUCUGGUGUAAGUGUUCAAAUAAUUAUGCAAUUUGUAAAGUGAUCAUUGCAAAAAAAAAAAUCUCAGUAUUUGACAUUUUUCUGUAAAUGUCGACUUUUUUGUGGACGUGCACAGUAUUACAGUUUUUCGCAAUUGUUAAGACACGUUUCUUGGCAAUUUCUGUCAUCUAACAAUACAAAACCCAGUUUAUAAACUACAAAAACUGAAAGUUAGACAAGUCUCCUCUGGCAAAAGCUAGCUAUAUGACUAUCAUGACUCUGAUGAAUAUGUCACACUAAGAAAAAUCCAACUCAAUGUUCAGAGCACAUAUCUUCAGAAAAAGGUCAAUCUGUCUGUUCUACAAAUUGUACAAAUGUAUACAUUCACCGGCCACUUUAUUAUACACAACUGUUAUACUGUUUCACACAGCUGUCUUAUCAGCAAAUCACAUGGCAGCAGUUCAGUACAUUUAGGCAUGUAGAUAUGGACAAGACAAUCUGCUGCACUGAGCAAGGAAAUUUAUUUAAAUGACUUUAAACAUGGCAUUUUUGCUGGUGCCAGAUGGGCUACUCAAAUGGCCUCCAGAGUCACCAGAUCUCAACCCAACCAAUCAUAGCUGUGUAUCCAACAAACGUGCAGCAACUGUGAGAUGCUUUCAUGUUAAUAUGGACCAAAAUCUCAGAGGAGCGUUUCCAGCACCUUGUUGAAUCUGUGCCAUGAAAAAUUAAAGCAGUUCAGAAUGCAAAAGAGGGUCAAACCCUUUACUUGCACCGUGUGACUAAUAAAGUGACCAUUUCCUGUAAAUGCACUGACUAUUCAGUAAACAAUAUUCAAGAAUUUGGUGGCCACAGAGAACAUGAUGAGUGUGGUUUGAAUUCUUUGUCCUGCUCCACUUUCUACUCAUAAUUACCGGCUGUGCAAUCUGACACAGCUUAAACUGAGUAAAUAACAUAAUUAACAGCAAGCCUGAACAAUUUUGAGUUGUUUUUAGGAAAUGUGCUUAACCUCUGUCUCCUGCGGUUCCCGUUAAGCAUCACAAGUGUAUCGGUGCGAAAAUGUGAGUGAGAGUGUAUUUAGGAGUAAACUAGAACUACAAAUUGCAUCUAACUUUGUAAAAGAAAACGUUUUGCCAGGAGAGCAAUUCAUUUAAUACUAGAUUUAGAAAACUGUGCAUUUGACACAAAGAAACGAAGCGUGUGUUUUAUCAAUUCAGAAAAACUGUAGAAUACUAAAUACUUUGCAGUAUGCUGUGAACAGUAAUUUGACAUAUCAUAAAAAUGUUGUUUUCUGGCUUUUACAUGGACCACCAAAACAACAUAUUGUUUAAAGUAUAACAUGGUUAUAUUUUCUUACUUGGAAAGUAAUACAUUAAAUCUAUGUGGAUUUAUUAUGAAUGUAAGCAUAAUGUUUUGUAAAAAAAAAAAAAAAAAAAGAAAAGAAAAAAAAAGAAAAAAUAAUUUUAAAAAGAGGGGAAAAAAUUAGGUUUCAGAUAUAAUUUUCCAGUUUGACUGGACAUUCAGAUAAAAGUUUUUGCAUGUAUUUACGCCAUGCACACAACUUUUUUUGAUUAUUUGUCAUUUUUCUGAAUGUUUUCUUUAACAAAGUAACAAACAAUAUUCUAUAUAUUUUUUUCUUCCUCUUUUUACCUUAAAGUUUUAUGAAAGCUAUAUCAGAGUGAAAGUAUAUACUACUGAGAGUCAUACUGGCAAUAAAACUGAUAUUUUUUCCGUAUAUAGUAGCUGUUUAUGUAAAAGAAUUUAAAAAAACUAUUUGUAUGACAUCACAUUACCUCUCCAUGAACAUAUCAUGUAAAGUAUGGGGUUUUAUGUGAAUGUAAAAUAUAGUUACUGUGCCAAAUCUUAACACGUGUGACAAAUAUUGUGUCCUAUUCUGUAUGUUACUGUGUUUCGAUUAACAGAUUUGUGUAAAUUUUGUCAACAGAUUGUUAAAAAUGUUCAAUUUAAAUGUAAAUUUAAUUUUGACUGUCAAGGUUUUCUGUUCUGUGCCUUUUGCAACUUGGAGUUUUAAAAGCUGCACUUUCAUGAAACUGAAGUAAAGACGUAAAAAGAUGGGAAAUCAAUCACAUGAAUACAUGGCUUGAAGGAAAAAAUGAUACAAGAUCUAUUUUUAAUAGGUGUCAUAAUAAAAUAUUAAGUAUUUCUGUUUUAUCUUUAUCACUCCUCUGUUCUUAAUACAAUAUCCUGCUGUUUUUAUUUUGUUUUUUCUGUAACUGUUACUGCACAUGUAGAGGUUACUGCAUCAAUUAUACACUUAUGUAAGUGAUGUCUAUAGAUGCAUGUAGUCCAAUAAAAACAAGUGCAUUUAAAAUAAGAACACUGUUUUCCUCUUCUUUUUUUUUAUUUCAAUUUAAAAGAUGUAAGACAUCAUAAAAGUAGAAAGAGUUAUUGUGGAAUUUAUCCACACAGUAAACUUGUAACUUGGAGGUCAACAAGAAAAUUAGGAGCAGAUCUGGAUGAUCUGAAAACAUCUAAAGAUUCUGAAUUUAUCUUGUUUUUAGACACUUCACAUUCGAGGAGAGAACAGCUGCCAUGUUUCCUUGUAAUCAGCCCCUUUUUCACUGCUUUUUUCUUGGUAAAUUGUUUUGUAGCUUGGUCCCGCCAACAACUAUCAAUAAUGUGAUUUAGAACAACACAGGAGUGUCCACACUGGAUAACACAAGCAGCAAUGUAGCAAAAGGACUGGAAUGUCAAUGACAUUCAGACAUGGUAACCUUUACUGAGGUGAAGCUGUGGGACGAGAGUUAAACUCUUUUCCAAAUCUGAGGUGAGACAAAUAACCACCAGUGGGAGCAAAGGAUACUUUGACUGACAUACAGUUACAAGUCCUUAAUUUAUUGGACACGAUUUUUGUAGUUUUGCCACAGAGGAUGGUAAGCUAAGAAUCAGGAUGUGAUCGAAGUGCAGAGUUUCCGCUUUAAUUCAAGAGGUUUUUACAAAAAUGUUGCAUCAGUUAAAGAGUUACAGCCGUAAUUAUAUGUAGUUCCUGAUAUUAAGAUGCUUAAAAAUAAUUGGACAGUUGACUGACCAGGUGAAGCCUGUUCCCAUGUUAAUUCAUAACAAAUGAAAUGGACAUAAUAUCUGAAGUUUCUUCCAAGUGUUUAUAUAUGUUUGAUGCCUUUUCACUGUAUUUUAUUUUGCUCUAAGUUGAUCAAAGAGAUAGCAAAAACUACAAGUGUCCAAAUCUACAAUCUGAUUCAUUCUUCAAUGGAAGAAAUACACUGGUCAGCUCAGCAACACCAAAAGGCAUAAAAAGAUCACAAAAGACAACUAAAGUGCAUGAUGACAGAAUUAUUUCAAUGGUUAAGAAAAACAACUUCACAGAUGGCAAUUUCCCAGGACUGUAAACUCUGUAUAUCCCAGUCUCCUACACUCUCCAACAUUUGUUUUAUCUGAUGUCAUUGAGAAAGUUAAGUCAAAUGUUUCCACACAACUGUGUUAACUCCUAAGAAACAAUUUAAGUUUACUUGAGUCAUUUGUCCCAUUGUAAUGCAAUACUCCGUUUUGUAUUUCUUAAGAGUUUCUCACUUGGAUGGAACCACUUUCCUUAAGUAAAUCCAAAGAAAAAGUUUUUUGAGUUGACUGUAUGUCAUUGAAAUAAUACAAAUGACACAAACCAAAGAGGAUUCCUUAAAAACAACAAUAGAUAGAGGAUCUUUAGGUUAAACAAGCCUGAUCCACGGAAUUCCCACCCAACACCUCAACAGAGUCAAAGGAUUUGCAAUAUCCCUGUGCCAGACACCACAGCACACUGCACAGAGGACCUGUGCAAGGUUGGGGACCUGGACUCCUCUGAGUGCAGUCUGCCAACAACACAUGUGCAUGUUUAACAUGCAUACAUGUGAUGCAUAGGGGAUGGGGGUCUUUCCCUGACAUGGUCAACUUGCAUCAGCUAGGCAAAAGCAGGACGCCACAUCCCUAACCUUGCCACCACCACCGUUUCCCUAAUAGGAUCCCGUGGUAGCCUCAAGCACAAGGGAGGCCUACACAAUAUUAGGCAGGUGUUGUUAAUGAUGAGUGACUAGUGUACAUUUCAGCAUAAUCUGAGCAAAGAAUAUUAAAUACUUGAGGGUUUUAAAACCCCCCAAAGACAAUUAGAAAGAUAUUAGUCACAAAUCCAAGGGAUUUGCACGAUGCUUACUAAGAAAUAAAUUAACAAAGUUUCUGACUAUUAAAACUUUCAUUAUAAGAUUCAAUCCAGUUUUUCACUUCAUCGUCCAUAUUGUUUUGAAAAUUUAAUUGUGUUUUCUAGUGGCUGGGUUAGUAAUAAAAAUGAAGCCAUGAGAUCAAGGAAUCCCCCAUGAUGCAGUGCAGAAUUAAAACCAUGCAAAAAAAAAAAAAAAA